UACAGACUAACGAUUCUUGCAUGCGGUAUAUGCGAACUUUCGCAUGUAAACCGACCAGUUGCAGUUGUUUCUGUCUAAAACGCGGGCAAAAAUCAGGUCUGUAUAACUGAAAAACAUUCGUGAAUUUUUAGGCGAGAUACAUAUGGGCAUACAAGGAUAAUAAAAUAUCUAUCGAAAAUUUGACGAAUAGAUGUCUGUUCUGUGAUUAACGUAUGAAUUUAUUUUAAAAUCCAAAGAGAAACAUAGAAGAAGAAAGUGAUUGGCAAUGUUUGGAUUUUGUUUUCUGUUUCUUUCACUGCCGUUGUCGUGGUCGUCACUUCUGCGUGAUGUGGAGCUACAACACCACGUCCUGAAGACCACCCGUCAGUCGUCACGGAUGGAUUGUUCUGCGGCCUGUCUCACAGACAUGUGCUGUGCGUCUUUUAACUUCUUUCAACCCACUCUGGAGUGUCAGCUCAACUCCAAAACUAAAGAUGAAAGUCCAAACGACUUCGCUAAAAAGAAAGGAUCAUUUUACAGAAACAAGGCUACCAUACCAGUGUCAUUAGCUGGUGUUUGUGGUAUGAACAAAUGUCUUUCUUGUGGAACGUGCAUUCAGUCUGGAAACCGAACAAAAGAAUGUACUACAGAGUCACCUUGUUAUUGGCUAUCAGGUCCAGGUUCAUUUGUGAGGCAUAACUGUGAUGAUGUCAUGGAAAAUUAUCCGUGUACGGGCAUUUACACACUGACAGCACCGGAGGUGACCAAUGUGGCUGUCUUUUGCGAUAUGACAACCCUUCCAGGUGGCUGGCUGGUGUUUCAGAGAAGAAGGGACGGAUCUGAAGAGUUCUAUAGGACUUGGAAUCAAUACAAAGACGGAUUUGGUGGCGUAGACACAGAAUUCUGGCUUGGAAACGAGAUAAUCCACCAGAUAACGAGCCGGGCGGUUUACGAACUGCGGAUUGAGUUGGAGGAUUUUGAAGGCAACAUGCGCUAUGCGAUGUACUCUCCGUUUUCAUUGGGUAGCGAGGCGGAGAACUACACUCUUCACAUUGGCUCUUACAGCGGAGAUGCAGGCGAUGCGCUGGGCGAGUUCAACAGUUACCCCUUCACUACCAGAGAUGUGGACUUGGACAGUUGGUCCGGCAACUGUGCGGAGACAUUUCACGGAGCUUGGUGGUAUAAACACUGUCACUCGUGCAACCUAAACGGCUUGUACCUCGGUGGCCCUACUGACAUAGUCCGUGGAAAGGUCAAUAUUAUUCGCUGAAGAGAAGUGAGAUGAAAAUAAGACCUGUCCUUGUUUGACGUCUUUCUUUGAUGGAUUUCAUGAAGACUUUUGUGAUAUUUAUGACAAAUGAAAAUAAGUCUCGUUUUUGCUUGUCAGUCUUGUAUUGGUGGUUUUGAUUAGGACAUUUGUGAUAUUUAUGAUAAAUCAAAAUAAGCCCUGUCCUUGUUUCACAGCCUUUCAUAGAAGGGUUUCAAAACACUAUUGUAAUAUUUAUGACAAAUCAAAAUAAGACCUGUUGUGACGGUACAUGCUCUUAAUUUCUUUUCGCCUGUGGCGAUAUUAAUUGUUUUAGAGGGACGUGUGCAGUUCCAAUAUGCACUUAGCCCAGGUGGGC